UUUUCUCUUUUGUUUCCGUUAUUAAUUUCUCUUUCCUCUCUCUUGUUUCAUUUCAGAUCUGAUACAGAACCAGUCCUCUCUCUCUCUCUCUCUCUAAAACUCUAUCGCUCUCGCCAUCACUUCUCCUCUCAACCCAGAUUUGGAAUCACAGCAUAAAUUGGGGAUUGGGGUUGGCGCCUUAUUGACAAGAUCGAAGCAUGGUCACCUGCGACCAAAUUCUUCCAAAUUCACAUUCCUGCAAGUCUGCAACAAAUUCUAUGCCUUUUGAUUAAAGAAAGAAACCGCAUGAUCAUCAGAUUCCCUCUCUGACUAUGUUUCAAUUACUUUACUACAACUUUAAUUAGGUGGUGGGGAAGAGAGAGAGAAAGCUAGAGAGAAGAUGCAGGGAUUUCAGAGGAAUUUGUUGCAGGGAUAUAGACUUCAAGGACAUUUGAAGAAUUCCCCUGCAAUUUCUUCUCUUCUUUUCGUCUUCUCAUUCUUAAUCCUCAUCCUCUUCCUCGGCGCUUUUGUCUCCACGCACUUGUUCGACACUAGUGUCACUUCUAUAGCUCGCAAUGCUGCACUGCAAUUUGAAUAUCCACUCAGCUGCUUAGAGGGCAAUCUCACACGAACCUGUCCAGCAAAUUACUACCCAGCAGAGUUUUAUGUACGCAAUCAGAACCCUUCAUCAACGACUCCCACGUGUCCUGAUUACUUCCGUUGGAUCCACGACGAUCUACGGCCAUGGAGGGACAAGGGGAUUACAAAGGAGAUGGUGGAAAAGGCCAGGAGAACAGCCAACUUCAGAUUGGUGAUCGUGAAAGGUAGGGCCUAUAUUGAGAGAUAUGUGAAGGCAUUUCAGACCAGAGACGAUUUUACGCUGUGGGGGAUCCUACAGUUGUUACGGAGGUACCCUGGACAAGUGCCCGAUUUGGAUCUGAUGUUCGACUGCGUUGACUGGCCGGUCAUCAGAUCAGUCGACUAUACCGGCCCCAAAGCCACUGCUGUACCACCUCUGUUUCGAUAUUGCGGAGACGAGGCCACACUAGAUAUUGUUUUUCCUGACUGGACCUUCUGGGGAUGGCCCGAAACCAAUAUAAAGCCGUGGGACGCAUUGUUGAGGGACCUAAAUGAAGGAAAUAAGAGGAGGAGAUGGUUAAACAGGGAACCUUACGCGUACUGGAGGGGCAAUCCGAAUAUUGCUGCAAACAGGAUGGAUCUCAUCAAAUGUAAUGUCUCUGAUAAACAGGACUGGAAUGCUCGUCUAUAUAUCCAGGACUGGACUAAAGAAUCAAAACAAGGGUACAAGCAAUCAGAUUUGGCCAGCCAAUGCAACCACAGAUAUAAAAUUUAUAUCGAAGGAUCUGCUUGGUCUGUAAGUGAAAAAUAUAUUCUUGCCUGUGAUUCCGUUACCUUUCUAAUAAAGCCACAAUACUAUGAUUUCUUCACGAGAAGUUUGAUUCCUGUGUACCACUACUGGCCCAUAAGGAAUGACACCAAGUGCAAAUCUAUUAAGUUCGCUGUUGACUGGUGCAACCAUCACAAACAAAAGGCACAAGAUAUCGGCAAGACAGCAAGUGGUUUCGUUCAAAAGGAGUUGAAGAUGGAGUAUGUGUAUGACUACAUGUUUCAUCUCUUAAAUGAAUAUGCAAAGCUCUUGACUUACAAGCCAGCAGUACCUGAAAAAGCAACUGAACUCUGUUCGGAGACAAUGGCUUGCCCUGCAAAUGGAUUGGAGAAGAAGUUUAUGACGGAAUCCAUGGUGAAGGGUCCUACAUAUACAAGUCCAUGCAAAAUGCAACCUCCUAAUCAUCCCACUGCUUUUAAUUCACUGCUUAGAAGAAAAGCAAACAUAAUAAAUAAAGUUGAAUCAUGGGAGAGGAGUUACUGGGAGCUUCAAAAUAAGCACAACUAGGGAGUAACUAUAUUGGAUAUAUUUUUUAUUAUAUAUAUAUAUGAAUAUAUUUAGUUUUAGUUUCUAUAUUAAUUACAUUAUAUUUGAGUACUUUUCUGAGUAAUAAUAAAAAAAGAAAAAUUCCAAAAUUGAAGUGCCAAUGUUUUAACAUUUACGUAACAUUAUUUUGUUGUGAUCCGUGAAGGUAAACUUGCAUACAUCUGACUCUCCUUAAAUCAAAGAUUCGUGCACUGAGCCAUUUAAUUGCGGGGGUUGGUAUUGUUAGUUUAGGGUGUUGUCUUGUGUUGUUGGUUGUAAUUGAAAUUUUCCUCUUUCUUUGGCUUUUAUUCUUAUGAGUUGGUAUGCCAACUUUUGCUGAGAAAGGUCUGUAGGGCAUACAUGGUGGUUGUAGCUUAAAUUAAUAUUCUUAA